AUGACUGCUACGAAGGAAGAAUCUCAAAUAAUUUUAACGACUUUACGUUCACAAAGAGAUAAUAAAGUUUGCUUUGAUUGUGGAGCAAAGAAUCCAACAUGGAGUUCUACGACAUUUGGAGUUUACUUGUGUCUUGAUUGUAGUGCUUCACAUAGAAAUAUGGGCGUGCAUAUAUCGUUUGUAAGAUCAACGGUUUUAGAUUCCUGGACAUAUGCACAGCUUCGAGUUAUGCGUGUAGGUGGCAACGAAAAUGCACGCAGUUUCUUCAAGCGUCACGGCGGUGUUUCCCUUCUAAACUCCAAAGAUUCAAUGAUCAAAUACUCCUCAAAGACUGCCAAGUUGUACCGGAAAGAAUUAGAACGUCUCGCUACUGAAGACGAAGAAUUAAAUCCAAAUAUAGUAGACAUGAGCUCCAUUGGCGGUGCCUCCGAAAGCAAUGCUUCGUUGGGCAAAAAUGCAGAUGAAGAGGAUGAUUUCUUUUCAGCAUGGGACAAGCCCACAGUAAAAAAAAUUGAUUCUGAAGUGUCUUCACCGGAUCCUGCUGCAUCCUCGUCUUCACCCUUGCGGAACGAUGUUGCACCUGCUUCCUCGGAUCAUAUUAGCAAAGAAGACCUUUUGGUGGAUUCUUCCAUUCCUUCUUCUAUUUCUUCGCUUGCUUCUUCAAAUACAAGUGUUCAUACCACAGACUCAAAACCGAAGCCGUCGAGAACUUCUUCUUCUACCUCUAAACCUGUGCGUUCCACUCGCCCUGUUAUGUCAAAAACAAGCUCUUCAUCUACCACUCGAUUUUCCCGUCCUCAAUUAGGCAUCAAGAAGGUGAAUGCGGAUAUCGACUUUGACGAAUUUGAAAAAUCAAUUUUGUCUGGUAAUUCUGAUAAAGCAAAUGGGAAGCAUACAGCUCCUCAGCCGACAGCUGUUGAGCCUGCUUCAACCUCAAAAGAUUUUGAAGCUCCCUCCGCUGCAGACGAGAGCGAAAAGCCCGAAGCAAAGAAGGAACCUAUUGUUCAGACGAAAGCACCAAAGAAUGAAAAGCCUAAGGAACCUACAGCUGACUUGGAUUCAAGCUUCUCCCGCUUGGGAUUUGGUCAAUUUGCAGCCGCGUCCAAUGCUCGAGCAAAAGCUGCUGCGAAGACUCGUGAAACCAAAAAGAAGGAAUUGCACGCUCCCACCUUUGCACGUGACAAGUUUUCAGGCCAAAAGGCUAUUUCAUCUGACCAAUACUUUGGGCGUGGCACUUAUAAUGCAGAAGCUGCUGCAGAGGCUCAAGAGCGAUUGGCUUCGUUCCGUAGCGCCACUUCCAUUUCUUCCAAGUCAUACUUUGGCCAGGAAGAUGAAGAAGAAGAUGAAUUUGAAAAAGCCCCCAAAUCCGACGACUAUUUUCGCAACCUUGCAGAAACUGCCUCUGAGGACGUUGAGGCUUUGAGAGACGCGUUUCAACAAGGAGCUGAAAAAUUUACAGACUUUCUACAAAAGUUUGGCUCACGAUACAAUUUUUAA